AUGGCCAAGACCGGUGAUAUGAAUAACCGAGGAGUUGAAGUACAACCGACACUGAAUCUUGACAAGAUGAUGGCCGCCAAAGCAAAUGCAGUCAAGGCCCUUACCGGCGGUAUUGCACUUCUUUUCAAAGCCAACAAAGUUCAGCCGAUCACUGGAACUGGUACGAUCGUUGGUCCUAACGAGGUUAGCGUCAAGAAAAAUGAUGGAUCGACCGAAAGUGUGAAAACGAAAAACAUUAUAAUCGCUACCGGCUCUGAGGUGACACCUUUCCCUGGCAUUGAGAUCGACGAAGAGCAGAUAAUUUCAUCAACUGGUGCACUAUCGUUGAAAAAAGUACCCGAGAAGAUGGUGGUCAUUGGAGCUGGUGUGAUUGGUUCGGAAUUG